AUGUUUGGCUUUCGUAAAGGCCAUGCCACCUCAUCUGUCCUAUUACGAGCAAGGGACGAUGUAUUAAAGGCCAUGAAAAAAGGAGAAAUUACUCUUAUUGCAUUCGCCGACUUCUCGAAGGCGUUCGAUACAGUGGACUUUGCCGUAAUAAUAAAGAAACUUCAUGCCAUUGGCUUUUCACACUCAUCGUUAAAUUGGAUUCUUAACUACCUUACUGGUCGGAAACAGCUUGUUCAAGUAAAUGACAGCCAAUCUGAACUAGCAGACGUGUUGUUUGGUGUUCCGCAGGGAUCGAUAUUGGGUCCCAUGCUUUUCAACCUUUACGUCAACGACCUCCAAAAUGAUUUUACCUGCAGGUGCUUCCAAUACGCCAAUGAUACAACAGUUUACCGUAGUUGUACUCCUAAAAAUCUCAGUCAAUGUGUGCAAGAAAUGAAUGACAACAUACAAACUCUCGAAACUUGGGUCACAGAAUCCAAUCUCUUGUUGAAUGAAAAUAAGACUAAGCAGAUGCUCAUAAGCACUCGACAGAUGUCAAGAACUCAUAAUCUCGGAGACAUCACGCCACCUCUUACCAUAAAGAAUAUAUCCCUUGAGAGAGUUGAACAUUUUAAAUUACUCGUUACGUGGCUUAGUGAGGAUCUCAAAUGGUCACAUCAUGUAAAGGAACUUGUCUCGUCUUGUUAUGGAGUACUUUCAACCUUGCGCAAAAUUCGGAAUAUGACACCCCAACAUACUAAAAAGCUAUCAGCAGAAAGUCUUGUACUUUCUAAGCUAAACUUUAAUGAUGUCGUUUGCUAUCCUCUCCCCGCAUAUCUGUGCAAGUGCGUCAUCUCCGAUGCUGUAUGUUGA